GACUAGACUAGCCUUGCCUUGCAUUGGACCCCGUUCUUCACUCCCUUUCGACAGCAUUGCCGCUGAUCAAACGGGAACAGCAGACCAGACGAGACCAGGUUGGAUCCGAUUUGAUUCGAUUCGGUUCGAUUCGAUCUCAUCCGAUUCGAUUCGAUCCGACUUGAUCCACGACACCGAUUCUUCCAACCGAUUCGCCUUUCUCUGUUGCAUCGCGUACUCUUGCGUCGCACCCGGGCACGAUCGCAGCGGAAUCCGACGCCUUCCAACAGCAGCGGCAAGACAAGACAAGACAAGGCAACCGCCAUGACGGAUCCGCCCCCCCUCCGCAGCAUCGUCGUGGGAAACCCCGCUCUGGGCGGGGGCAAGCCCUUGCAGCACCAAUCGCAGCAGCAGCACCAAUCGCAGCCCGUCGGCGUGACCGUCGACACGACCCUCCACCGGGCCGUCCACCGAAUCCGUCUCUCGGCCCUCUCGCACAACUACUCGGAGGUGGAAUCCGCGGCCAACAGGCAGCGGUGCUCGGUGAUCGUCGUCGUCAAGGCGGACGGCUACGGGCACGGGGCGAUCCCCUCGGCGAUCUUUCUGGCCGACCGGAUCGGGGCCGAUGCCUUUGCGGUGGCGACUCUGGAGGUGGGUGGAGCAAUGCAUUGGAAUGGAAUGGAAUAGAAUAGAAUAGAUUGGAAUAUAUUGGAAUGGAAUAUAUUGGAAGGAAUGGACGGGUUGUUGUUGCAUGCAGUUUCUGGAUGGUUUCGGAUUCUUUCGAAUUGUUUCGAAUGGUUUGUUUGCGUGCAUCUGUGUGUCCCACAGAAGGAUCUCACCAACCUCUUUUUUCGUUUCGCUCUGUCUUUUUAUGCACCUAUCUAUGUAUGCAUCUAUCUAUGUAUGCACCUAUCUAUGUAUGCACCUAUCUAUGUAUGCACCUAUCUAUGUAUGCACCUAUCUAUUCACUCCCGCAUUGCAUCGAUACAGGAAGGAAUCGCGCUCCGAAAAGCUUUGCAAGAAACGGCACCCACGAAUCCGGGAUGCCACGAACGCCUGAACCACUACUUCAACCUGGGCAGGGAUCCGCACCGCCUGCGUUCCUCCGGAGCCUCGCUGGCGGCGGCGGUGGAGCAGGACUCGGUGAGCGUCGUCACCAGCAGCGCCUUUGCCUUUGCAUCCACAUACGGAUACGGGACGCACGGGAGGAAGCCGAUCCGGGCGUCCCACAUCCGCAUCCUGGUGCUGGGCCCCCCGGUUGGCUUUCCGAGGUGCUUCGACGACUACUACCACUACAACAUCGAGGCCAUGAUCUCGGGGCCCGAGGUGGCCAUGGCCCUCUACGAGUGGGUCAGCAACACGGACGAGCGCAAGCGAUUGCAGGUCGAGCGCGCGGCCAACGAGCUCAAGGAGAAGAUCCUCCUGGAGCCAAAGGCCAAGGCCACGGCGCUCCACAACACAAACAGUAUCAACAGUAUCAACACAAACAGCAUCAACGCAAACACAAACGCAAACACAAACCACGGAGCAUCAAAGCCAGAGGGAGAACCACCCUCGGCCGGUUCCUCCACCGCGCAAAACUCAAAUCCAAAUUCAAACGCAAACACAAACGCAAACGCGGGAGACAACAACUCGCUGGCCUCGAGCACCGGCCGAUCGUCGAGCCGGAGUUCCGGAAGUCGUGGGCCGAUCCACCAGCAGAUACCCUCGGCAACCCUGACCAACGUGACGGGAUCGGAUCUGGCGAGGGAGGUGAGGGAGAUCCUCAAAAACCAAAAGAUCGCCGCCGAGACGCAGAAACAGCAGCAGCAGCAACAACAACAGCAACUGAAGCAGGAACAGCUGCGGAACCAGCAGAACCGGGCAUCGACACCGAUCGGUGCCGACUCGUCGGAGGCUACGCCGGUGUCCUCCGUUGCGGAUCCCGCCGGGAACAAGAAUCCUGCUGCGAAUCCCGAUGCUGCUGCGAAUGCAAAUGAAACUGCAACAAACACAAAGCCAGCCUCUGCCCUUGCCUCGGCGUUUUCUCCGGUUCGAACGAACGGAAACGGGAGCAACGCUGCGAACACCACCACCACUGCCACCAGCAACAGCAACAGCAACAGCGAGGGAACGGUUCAGGCAUUCGCGGGCCUCGAAGAGAUGGCCAGGCACUCCAGGAUACGGCAAAAGGCCAUGGAGAGCGAGGUGUUCCACGAUCGAGGAGGAGACGAAGAGGAGGAGGACGACGACCUCAAUGGUAACGUCUAUGUCAACGUCAACGUCAACGACAACGACAACAACCACACAGCGGCAGGCGAUGCGACCAAAAACCAACAACGGCAGAACCACGACAGGCACGUCCCCACCAGCACGAAUCGCAGAGCCCCGCCGAUGUUGGCACCGACCAAGAAGCGCCUGCGGUGGCAUGCUCUGGUGGACAGCGGCAUGGGACGCCUCGGCUUCAAGACGGACCCGGUCACGACAGAAGACCACGGCAAGCGCAGGGACACGGUGGAAAUACUCAAGGAACUCGCCGAUCUCGAGGUCACCCCGGACUGUCCCGUGGAGUUCUACGGCAUGUGCACCCACAUGGCCGAUGCCUCCAACUCCACGUCCACCUUUACGGAUUCCCAGAUGAACCGGUUCAAGAGCCUGCUCAAGAGGGUUCGCGGGGCGGGGAUUUCCGUUCCGACCAUCAGCACCGACAACUCCGCCGCGCUCCUGACCACGAACCUGACCCACUUCUCGGCCAACGCCAGGGUUCUCCUGGCCCAGAACGACGCCGACUCCCGGGGCUUUGUCCGGACCGGCGGGGCCAUCUACGGCCAGCGGCCCUCCUUCGAACAGCUGAAGGCCGUCUCGACCCUGGUGGCCUCCGUCCGCCACGUCGCCACGCUCAGGGCGGGGGAAUCGGUCGGCUACGACCGGGCCUACGUCGCCCCCACGAGCGUCCGCAUCGCCACCCUCACCAUCGGCUUUGCCGACGGCUACCCCAGGGAGCUCGGCAACGGCGUCGGGAGCGUCUCGAUCCGUGGCCACCUCUUCUCGGUGGCCGGAAACGUCUGCAUGGACAUGCUCAUGGUCGAGCUGGGACCGGCGGGAGAAACCAACGGGCCCGGGGCCGCCGUGGCCGUGGGCGACGUGGCACUCCUCUGGGGACCCGACGAGGGCGAGGAGGGGGAGGGCCACGUCCGCCUCCGGGACGUGGCGGAGGCCCUCGGGACGACCCAGUCGGCCCUCACCUGCGGCCUCAACAAGGAGCGGGUCCUCCGCAAGUACGCCUAGCCGAGCCGAGCCUAGCCGAGCCAAACCAAGCGA